UCUCCUCCUCUGCAGUCUGGCUCCUCUCUGCUCUUCCUGCCUCUUCAGCAUCUCACAGCUUCCUCAAGUCAACAUCACAGAUACCAAAACACCUGUUUCAUCCUCACCGUGUGGAGUCUCUCUGACAGGCAGCAUCAUGGCAACGUCUAACGUCUCAUUCAAAUACAAGGACAUCAUCUCCAAAGGUUCUCAGAUCUCUUCAGGAUCUCCUGCUGUCUACCAGCUGAGACCAAAGGAAGAGAAGUUUGGAAAUCUGACAAGAAAAACUGUUGGUGAGAAAAACCUGAACAAGAAAAACAAAACCAUCUUACUUGUAGGUGAAACAGGAACAGGAAAAUCUACUCUGAUCAACGCUCUGGUCAACUACACCAUGGGAGUGAAGUUUGAUGAAAACAUCUGGUUUGAGAUUGUAGAAGACGAGAAGAGAAGUCAGUCAGAGAGUCAGACAUCAGAUGUGAUCGUGUACGAGAUCUUUGGUUUUGAAGAUAAAACUCUGCCCUUCUCUCUGACCAUCAUCGAUACUCCUGGAUACGGAGACACCAGAGGGAUUGAACGUGAUGUCAACAUCAGUCAAAGAUUAUUUGACUUGUUCCGCUCAGAAGAUGGAGUUCAUGAAAUUGAUGCAGUGGGUCUGGUGCUGAAGGCGAGUGUGAAUCGAGUGAGUGACCGACUGAUGUACAUCUUUGAUUCAGUGACGUCUCUGUUUGGAAAAGACAUUGAGAAGAACAUCAUCGCUCUCAUCACAAACUCUAAUGGAAUAACACCUGAAAAUGCUCUGGAAGCUCUUAGAGCUGCAAACAUUAAAUGUGCCAUAGAUGAGGAGGAUCAACCCGUUCACUUCCUGUUUGAUAACUGCCAGAAAGAAGAGAGAACAAAGAAAACAAAGCUUCCUUUAGGGAACGCAUGGAGGGUAACAGAGACAGGAAUGGAAGAAUUCACAGACUUCCUGGAAAAAUCUAAACCUCAAAAGCUGAAGACGACUGUUGAAGUGUUGAACUCACGUAUCAGAAUAACAGCCUGCAUCCACAACCUGCAAGAAAGAAUCCAGCUGAUUGAACUAAAACAGAACGAGAUCCAACAAACUAAAGAAGCUCUGAAGAAACAUGAACAAGAGAUGAAGAGGAAUGAGAAGUUCACUACAGAAGUUGAUGAGGUCUACAAAGAGAAAGAAAAGAUUAAUGCCCAGUGGGACACUAAAGCUGUCACCUGUAACAUCUGUGAAGAGAACUGUCACCAUCCUGGAUGCACAUGGGCCUGGGAUGCCUCAUGGUGUGAGGUCAUGAAAGGAGGUCGCUGCACCUCAUGUACCGGGGGGUGUCCUGCAUCAGAUCAUGUGAAAGAAAACUGGAGGUAUGUGAACAAGACGAGGAAAGUUCAGAAGACCCUUAAAGAUGUGAAGCAGAAGUAUGAAAAAAAUAAAGCUGAAUGUGAGAAGGAGAUGAGUCUGAUGGAAAAUCUUCAAACAGAGAUGGAAGAACUGAAAGCUGAGAAAAUAAAGUUGCUGGAUGAGGCCUACCAACAUGUUCUCACACUGGAGCAGAAAGCCCUGAAUGUUAACUCAAUGUCCACUCAUGUCCACUUGGACUUCCUGAUUGAGAAGAUGAAGGAGAGAAAAGACAGAGUAAAGGUCCAGAAGCUGGAGGAGAUGAAACGUCAAAGGGAUGAAGGAACCAGAGCAGCACUGCGGAACAUGUUUGGUAAACUAACAGCAUUUGGUAAAGCAGUUAAAGAUGCAGUGAUGUAGAUGAACAACAUCAGACAGCUGUAUAGACAACAAGCUCUACACUGUUCAUAUAAAUGUUUAAACAUCACAAACAUUACUUCAUUAUAAUCCUUUUAAUUACAAUGUUGAUGUAAAAACUACAUCAGAAAAUAACUGAAUCAUCUUUUAAAUGUGAAAUGUGUGAUUGUGAGAAACAGCGAGCUCUGUUCCUGUUUGUUCUUGUAGUUUAAUGUUUAAUUAUCGACGUCACUUCACUGUUCAGAUUACAGGAGAAUCAUUUGUUGAUCCACAUCAGUCAAAGCAGAGUCAGAAUCUGUCUCACAGUAACAGCAGCUGUUGCUUUUCUUCUUAUCAAUACUCUUUUUUACAUCACUUCCUGUCAUAGUUCAGCCUCUUUUCUGCUCUCAGCUUCAGUCAUAAUAUCAAAACACAACGUCAGUGUGUUCAGUUGCACUUCAGGAACCAAGAAACAAGAAGAAAAGUGCUGCUUUCAGUAGUUGGAGUAGGGGAUCAGAGAAACCUUAUUCAGAUUUCUCUGCCAUGUACGUGAGAAAGCAGGUUUCUAAUCAGCUUUAAAACAAGUUCACAUGUGCAGGACAAAAGACUACAGAUGAGGAAAGUAACAGCAGAGCGGCUGAUAAAAGUAGAGAUAAUUAGACGGAGCGAUGCCUCCUCGUGUUUGAAACCAUUCAUCCAAAGUCUGAUUGAAACUCAAACUAACACAAAGUCUCCUGUAGCAUCUAAAGAAGUCAGUUCAUUUAAACCUUAUUAAACAUGAUUGAUUUUCUCAUUUGAAUGCGUUUGUUCAGACGAUGUUACAGAACGUUGAAAUAUUCUGCUGUGUUGGACGUGAAUCCAAUUUUCUGAUGUUUGUGUUUUUGAGUGAAGUCAUGAAAUCUCAUUUGCUUCUGUUUGAUGAGAUUUUCUUCACGUGUAUUUGAAUCAUACAGCUUGUAAUGAUUAGUUUAAUAUUUCAGAUGACACAAGUUAUUUUUGAGUGAUUGCAGUAUAUUGUGUUAUUCUACAUUAAAUCAUAUCCUGCUUGAUGCAUUUUUCUGUGAAUCAUGAAUAAAAUCUUAGCUUACCCACCCAUCUGAGAAAGCUUCUGCUGAGCUACAACAAGCGGCAGGUUUCAGGAGUGACAUUUCUGUGUAAUUUUCUCGAGAGUCCAGAUUAAUAUGAUGUGAAAGUUAUUGUGUUAUUCUACAUUAAAUCAUAUCCUGCUUGAUGCAUUUUUCUGUGAAUCAUGAAU